AUGGCCUGUGUAAACUGGCACAUGGUCAUCUCUAUAGCCAUUGUCGUGGCUGUCAAAGCUGUUGGCACAACCUUUUUUCUCCUUUAUCUACCACAGAUAUUCCCUCCUGUCCUUGAAGAAAGCCCCAACUCCACCAGCACAGAAAGAAGCACAACAGUGCCACGGAUAUCUCCUACUACCUUUGAAGAUUACUCCACCACUGAAAACAGCAGAACUGACUGCCCUAUUCGGUGGGAUCUUUAUAUGGGGAGAUGUUAUUUCUUCUCUACCAAUGAAGAAAACUGGAACAACAGUCAGAGCCGAUGCUCUAAUGAAGGGGCUACACUGGCAAUUAUCAACAACAAAAAGGAGCAGGGGUUUCUCCAGGGGAGAGCUGGUUUAGAGGUAUAUUUCAUUGGCCUUCGAUACCAGCCUUCACAAAAAAGGUGGCAGUGGAUUGAUGGCUCAGGAUUCAUGGUCAACAUUACAAAUGACAGGCCACAUUCUGAAUGUGGAACUAUAGGGCUCACUCCCACCGUGGACAUGGCACCUUGUGAGGUUUCCCAUCGAUGGAUAUGUGAGAAGAGAGCUUCGUAA